GGUUAUGGUGUCGACUAGAAACAAGAAGCUACUUCAUAGGUUCCGUAGUCAGAACGGAAAUCAACAGAAUAUAUAAUUAUAUGAGACCCGUUUCUCACCGUUGCAACCCGUUAAGGGCUCGCGACAAAAAAAACAAGGGUUCUAAUUGGACACAUUCAGUGGUCCCUCUCCAUUUUGGUCCGUUUGGUUUCGACACUACGCAAAGUAUGUAUCUGGGACACACCCAAGGCGGGGUUUGGGCCGGAGGGUCCAUUCGACACUGAACAGUUGUGGAACAGCUCUUGAUCCGAGUAGCACACAGAUUAUUUCAGGGAGUAUUGUAAAGUAAACUAAUUUAGGCAGGUCCAAUGGCGACACAGUGUGUGACAAAGGUGGAGCUGACUGUCUCCUGUGAGAAUCUUCUGGACAAGGACAUUGGCUCCAAGUCUGACCCACUGUGUGUUCUUCUCAUGAACACUACUGGGUCACAGUGGUACGAGGUGGGCCGCACAGAGAAGGUACAGAAUUGCCUUGCGCCAAAGUUUGCCAAGAAGUUCAUCAUCGAUUACUACUUUGAAAUAGUGCAAAAGCUGAAGUUUGGAAUUUACGACAUCGACAAUAAAACUGUUGACCUAAGUGAUGAUGAUUUCCUGGGAGAGCUGGAGUGUACCUUGGGCCAGGUGGUGUCUAGUAGAAAGCAUACUAGACCACUGGUGUUGAAGAACAACAGGCCUGCAGGAAGAGGAACCAUUACAAUAAUUGCUGAAGAAAUAAAAGACAACAGGGUGGUGAAUUUUGAGGCUGAAGCAAGGAAACUGGACAACAAGGAUUUCUUUGGGAAGUCUGAUCCUUACCUGGAGUUCUACAAGCAGACAGAGACGGGAUGGCAGCUGGCUCACAGAACGGAGGUGGUGAAGAACAACCUGAACCCAACAUGGAAACCAUUCAGGAUCCCCCUGCAGUCCCUGUGUGGAGGAGACAUGGACAAACAUAUAAAGGUGGAGUGCUACGACUAUGACAAUGAUGGAUCUCAUGACCUCAUUGGAAUCUUUGAGACCACCAUGACACGUCUGCAAGAGGCAUCGCGCUCCUCACCGGCUGAGUUUGAGUGUAUCAACAGUAAAAAGCAACAGAAGAAGAAGGGAUACAAAAACUCUGGUGUGGUGAGUGUGAAGCUGUGUCAGGUGGUGAAGGAGUAUACCUUCCUGGACUACAUCAUGGGAGGUUGCCAGAUCAACUUCACUGUGGGUAUUGACUUCACCGGGUCAAACGGUGACCCCAAGUCUCCCCAGUCUCUCCACUACAUCAGUCCACAAGGGGUCAAUGAAUACCUGUCUGCCAUCUGGUCCGUUGGCAUGGUGAUCCAAGACUACGACAGUGACAAAAUGUUCCCUGCCUUUGGCUUUGGAGCACAGAUCCCACCUACCUGGCAGGUUUCUCAUGAGUUCCCUCUCAAUUUCAACCCUGCAAAUCCAUUCUGUGCAGGUAUCGAGGGUGUAGUGGAGGCCUACAGAGUGUGUCUUCCCCAGGUGAAGCUCUACGGUCCCACUAACUUUUCUCCCAUCAUCAACCAUGUAGCCCGCUUCGCUAUGCAGGCUACCCAGCAGAAAACUGCCUCUCAAUACUUUGUCCUCCUGAUCAUAACGGACGGCGUGAUCACGGAUCUGGACCAGACACGCUCCGCCAUCGUUAAUGCCUCCCGUCUGCCCAUGUCCAUUAUCAUCAUCGGUGUGGGUGGGGCCGACUUCACCGCCAUGGAGUUCCUGGACGGUGACGACGGGCGGCUCAGAGCGCCAACGGGAGAGACUGCUGCACGGGACAUAGUCCAGUUUGUCCCCUUCAGACAGUUCCAGAACUCUCCUAAAGAAGCUCUGGCCCAGUCUGUGUUGGCUGAAGUCCCUGGUCAGGUGGUCACCUACUUCAACAUGAACAAGCUGAGUCCUCCCAACACUGACACUCCCCCUGCCCCCGUCCCUACACCGCCAGCUACCGCAGACAUGCCCACCCUCACCUCCUAGUGCCCAGGAGAGGAACCAACCCAUCCCCACCUGAUCGAAGACGAGUAGACAGUCGCUCAUCUCAGUAGCUACCAUAAGCACUCUCUGCUAUUUAUCAUUGUGUCAAAGGGAUCAUGACAGGUAUACAAAGCUCUAGCCAUCACUUACUAGCAUGUGUCAGGUUGAAUUGAGCAGGAUGGAAGUUUUUUAGGAGAAAAUUCUACAAAACACUGCAUGUGUACGUACAGCAACCAACAGCACAUUGGUCCAGUCUGGCUUGUUCCCAAUCUCCGUCAGUAGGCCAGUCCCAGAAGCAUGUGUAAAUAUACCCAUAUGCACAGUGUCUAGUGGAAGUCUACACAUCCCUUGCACAGUUGUCACAUUUUGCUGCCUUAAAACUAAAUCUAAAAAGGGAUUAAAUUGUAUUUCUUCCUACGAUAUAUAUAUUGCGAUUUGAUGUUCCAAACAUAUGUCUGCUGAACGCAUGAUAAUUCUUUUUUUUUAUCAGUCAUGGAAAGGAAAGUGUUGGCUUACUAUUUAAAAGGAUGGAGAACAAGCUAUAGGAUGAAAAAUACUGGCGUUUUGGCGCAGGUACAGCCGACGAGCCAAACUAUUUUUAUAAUUUUUUACAAAUCAAUACUUGUCAAAGUAUCAAUAUAAUAUUAUGACAUGUAACUAUCAAUUACUGCCCCAUCACUACUUUAAUUGCUGCCGAAGGUGCUUCCACCAAGUAUUAACUCUGGGGUGUAAAAGACGUACAUUUUUUGUAAUUCAUUUUGACAAAUUUCUUUACUUCAUUCAAUUUGAAAAUGUGGAGCAGGCUGUUUAGAUCAGUAUGAAAAAACAUCUAAUGAAAUCCCUUUUUAAAGAUGUGGAAGGGGCAUGUAGACUCACUAGGCAAUGUAUAUAUAUUUUUUAAGUAGGCUAAUGCUUCUUAGUUGCUCCUAUUUUAUACUGUUUUGCCUUUUUUAGUAGAUACUUAUCCAGAGCAACUUACAGGAGCAAUUAUGGUUAAGUGCCUUGCUCAACGACAUAUUUUUCACUUAGUCAGCUUGGGCCCAACGCUCUUAACCGCUAGGCUAUCUGCCACCCUAUUUCACUAUAAACCUUGCUUCAUCAGAUGUUUUUUUUAUAGUUUGGCACAUUUGUAUAUUUUUACUAAGUUUAAUGCUCAGUAUAGAUUAGUUAUCCAGCUGUGGGUAGCAUUAUAUCUACAGUAAUUAUCCAGUCCUCAAAAUAAUUUUGAGGUAAAUUUUGUUUAUUCAAACAGGCUAAAUUCAUGCUUCUUUUUAAGUGAAGGUUUUUAAACUGACGGCUUAGCAAAUUGGAUAUUGUGUUGUGAAUGCAGCUUUUGAGUGAAUGACAUUCAUAGUGUAUUAAUCGUUCCACUCCAGAAUAAUGCUGAUUUCUUGAUGUUUGUGUAUUGAGUCGCUAUAGAGCGCUCGUUUUUUCUUCCUCUUGUGCCAAUUAUGCUUGCAGAGACACUUUAUGGACUAGCUUGCAGAGUUCCUAUUCCAGUUGAGCAUAAAUAAUUGAAUUCAAUUAUGACCAUAUUCAUUAUGUAAAUGUCAGCUUUAGCAUACAUUUUGUGUUAAUAUUGAUAAACAAUUUACUUUAACUUCUUUUGUCAUUCAUAAUUUGUUUAUGGGUUCCUAUAAAUUGAGGGCCUUAUAUUAUAGAUACUACUACAGUAUAGUAAGUAACACAAUCAAAUGGUUCUUUCUGCUCUUCCAAGUUAUGUCAAUGUCCCAUAUUAUAUUAUAUCCUGGGUGGUUCGAGCCCUGAAUGCUGAUUAGCUUAAAGCAGUGGUAUAUCAGACCGAAUACCAUGGGUAUGACAAAAAAAUUACUUUUUACUGUUCUAAUUAGUUGCGUCGUGCAUAAGAGCAGCCCGUAGCCAUAUACCACACCCUCUCUGGCCUUACGUGUGCCUUGUGCCAUUUAUAGCUGUUGUUCCCCCAAAGGAAUCAAGCAUAUUUCUAAUAUUGUAUGAUGAUCACAAGUAAACGUCGUUUAUCUACCA